UCGACGGCUAGACCGCCGGCUCCUCCUUCCUCCCUCCCUCCCAAAAUCCUCCGCUGGAUCCUCCCCUCGCUGCCGCGCCGCCGCAAUUCCUCCCGGGGCGCGCCGGUCGAUCCCUCCCGGCAUCCUUCUUGUUAGCUAAACAAUGAGGCAGCAGACUGGUAAACGUCCCCGCCAACAUAGGGAAUAUGAAAGAGAAGAAAGGAAGGACCAAAACAAGAGGCCAUUUUCCCAUGCUCAGGAAAGCUCUAAUAAUGAUGGGCUGGUUGUUUACCGUAUUCUCUGUCCAGACAGUGUAAUUGGUAGUGUCAUAGGAAAGAAUGGCAAUGUGAUAAAUGCUAUCAGGCAACAAGCAAAUGCCAAAGUCAAGGUUGUUGACCCCUACCCUGGUGCAGACAAAAGGGUUAUCUUGGUAUAUUGCUAUGUCAAGCAUAGAGACCUUGAUGCUGAUGACGGUAAUGACAAUGAACCUGUUUGCGCAGCUCAAGAUGCAUUACUUAGGGUACAUAAUGCAAUUGUUGAUGCACUAGAUACGCUACAUAAGAAUCGUAAAGACUCUGAUAAGAAGAAUAUAGAAGAAGCUAACAUCCUUGUACCAGCUAGUCAGGCUGCAAGUAUUAUAGGAAAAUCUGGUGUAGUCAUCAAGCAUCUUCGGUCAACAUCUAAAGCAUUCAUUAAAGUGAGCCCAAAAGAUCCAAGCGAUGUUACACAUUCAUGUGCUAUGGGUUUUGAUAAUUUUGUUCAGAUAACUGGUGGUGCUGAAGCUGUUAAAAAGGCACUGUUUGGAGUAUCAACCAUCCUCUACAAGUAUCCAUCAAAAGAGAGCAUUCCUCUUGAAACCUCUGUUCCUGAACCUACUCCAAGCAUUAUGGUCCCUUCAGAACUUCCGGUCUAUCCAGCUAGUAACUUUUACUCAGCCCCAGAUCUUGCUAUACCUUCUGGACAUCCAAGCCUGUCUAUCUUAGGGUCAACACCCCAUGUUCCUGAACUUACUCUAUCUGCCGAUGGUCAUGGUCGACUGCCUGUUUAUCAAUCUGUUCUUCCAAUUAUUCCUACUUAUAGUACCCCAAAAUGCUCAGGAGAACUUGAGUUCCGUGUUUUAUGCCCUGGUAACAAGAUCGGGCUGGUUAUUGGUAGAGCUGGGUCUACCAUAAAGAGUAUAAGGCAAGAGAGUGGUGCAAGGAUAGAUGUUGAUGAUGCAAAGAAUGAUAAGGAGGAAAGUAUAAUCAACAUUACAUCCACUGAGGCCACCGAUGAUGUUAAGUCUGCAGCUGUGGAAGCUGUUUUACUUCUUCAAGCAAAGAUCAAUGAUUAUGAGGAAGAUAGAAUGAGUCUACGUCUUCUUGUCCCGAAUAAGGUUAUAGGCUGUCUUAUUGGCAGGGGUGGUUCAAUAAUCAAUGACAUGAGGAAGAAGACUAAGGCAGACAUCCGCAUUUCGAAGGGCGAUAAACCCCGGAGAGCAUCUUCCAGUGAUGAGCUUGUUGAGGUAUCUGGAGAGGCUGACAAGCUGCGUGAUGCUCUUGUUCAGAUAGUUUUAAGAUUGAGGGAAGAUGUUCUGAAAGAGAGUGUGGACAGCCAAAAUUCUGACAAGGAUGGCAAACUAACCGUUUCCACCACUGAUUCUUUAUAUGGCAGCAGUCUUCCUUUGCCUGCAUUAUUUCCUCACACUCACAGCCAACAAAUCUCUCCCUUGGGCUAUGACCGAAGGGGUGAAACUGAGCGAGGUCUGGAAAUAUUCCCCCGUACUAGUUCGUAUGGGUAUAACUCCUUGCAGGUCGCAGAUGAUGAUCGUUAUGGACUUUCAUCAUAUACAUCAAAGGCAUAUGAAGGACGUCUACCGCGUGUGGAAAUGACUAUCCCUGCUAGUGGCCUGUCAAAAGUAAUGGGAAAACGUGGUACAAACUUGGACAACAUUAGAAAGAUUUCUGGAGCUGACAUUGAAAUUAUUGAAUCAAAAUCAUCUCGUCAUGACCAUGUUGCUUACAUAUCUGGCACCUCUGAGCAGAGGCAAUCGGCUGAGAAUUUGAUCAAAGCUUUCAUAAUGUCUACCUAAGAUUCCUUUUGCGGUUGAGAAGGCUAGCUCAUCUCUUCAAUCAAUCUUUUUGACUUCUCCUGCCAUCCAUAGUUUCCCUGGGUUCGUGAAGGAUAUCGAAUGCAGUGUUUUCCUCCACCUGUCCAAGUUCCCAAUAAAUAUCAUGCGUAUCUGAGGGAGGUGUACUCCCCGUAGUGGACAAAGCACUCCGUGUUCCUUAGAUCCUUAACUGUUAGCUCUUUGUGUUGUCAUGAUCAUCGUGAUUCGGUCAUCUUACUCUUCGUUAUCUUAAUGCUUGGUUCAGUUACUGCUUAACAUAUCUCUUGCAAUUUUGUCCUGCCAAUACUGAGUUGAUUCUUUCCACCAUUAAUAGUAGAGGGGCUGUUUCACUCGCUUAGUGUAGCUCUCAUAAAUUCAUUCCAUGAAACUUCUAGCUGAUAUGUUCCGUAGUAGCAAGGGCCUUCUUUGAAAUGCGAGAAUGAACCUUUUGUUGAAUGCUUGUCCAAAAUUCCUUCAAAGUCCUGUGUUUCAGACAUCCGUUAAAAGGUUGACAAGUUCCUAGUGAAUGUCAUUGGCUGAUUCACUUGGUCCUUGCUUUAGUUUUUCUAGCUCUGCCCUGUCUGUGCUGCUGUGACCUUAGGAUGGGGCUUGUUCCUUGUCAGUCGGACUGGUUUGCUUCGGUUCUUGUAACUUAGUCGUGUCAAUAUAUACCUGAUUCCUGAUUCUUUCAUCAUCUGUUACGAAGAGUUGCAUGUUUUUUCUUGUGUUAACUCUGCUGAGAAACCUUUAGUUAUUCUUGAAAGCUUGCAUGAAAACCCUGGAUUAUCAGAAGCAACCAUGUACAUAAUCUUAGUCCAGUUCUUGGAUCACAACACGCAGAUAAAUUUUUUUGAGCGUUCUGCAGUGUUGUGUGACCAUCGUGGGUGGAUAUCUGAGAACUAUUCUGACAUUUCGGCUUUCUGAAAAACUGUCUUGUCAUCGCUGUAGCCCUUCCUGUGCUGCUACAGCUUUUGAGGGGGCCUUGGUCCCGGUCAGUCUGACUCGUUCAGUCUGACUCGUUCACCCAUGGCAUCCUUUCAUGUCAAUACUACCUGAUUCUUUCAUCAUUGGUUCCAAAGAAUUGCAUGUUCUGCUGCUGCUAACUGUGCUGAGGAACCAUAUAUUAAUAAGUUCAUUGAUAACUUUGAAUGAUAGCCAUAUAUUCAGAAGCAUCCAUGUACAUAAUCCUAGUCAAGUUUUUGGAUCACAACAUGCGGAUCAGUUUUUUUCUGGCGUUCUGCAUAGUGCCUGUGACUGGUGGAUGUCUUGAGAAAUAUGCUUUCUGGAAACCUAAUCUUCUGAAACCCCAACCCCCCAACUUACCUCAAAACCCCACUGCCACCACAUGAAAGUAAAGUGAAUUUCCUUUCAUUCACCUGUGCAGUUACUCCUUGUACCAUUCUGUGGUAACAAACAACUACGGCACUGGUCAAGUGUAAAUAGUUGCCAUGUAUCAUAAUUUGUGUUCAUACAAAUUUGUAAUUGAGUUAUUUGGGGCUGCAAAAAUUGAUGUGGCUACCCCGAGUUGUCUUCUGUAAAUAAUGAGCAUGAUGUUGAAAUUUUGCAGCACAAUAGCAUGGCAUGCGUACAUUUUUCUUCUUCA